AUGGCCCAUAUCGAAAGCGACACGGUUGGGUCGGGGCCUUCGGGUAACAUAGGACCCCAGGGUAUCGAUGCCAAUAGCCAUGCCCAAGACGAAGAGAGUCCAUUACUCCCGCCAUCUAAUACAGAGCCUAAGCUCAAAGCAUUAGCAGGUGUUGGGACAAUUAUCGCAGUGCUUCUGCUCGGCGAAUUCGUUUCCAAUGCCGAUGCGACACUUGUCAUGGCGGCGGCAGGCCGGAUCUCCUCCGAAUUCAAUCGUCUGCGCGAUGCUAGUUGGCUCUCAACGGGCUAUACGUUGGGUCUUUGUGCUGCACAACCAAUGUAUGGAAAAUUGAGUGAUAUCUACGGUCGCAAGCCAAUGUUGCUGCUCUCAUAUCUGUUAUUCGCAGUUGGCUGUAUAUUGAGCGGCAUCGGAACCCGAAUGUGGGUGGUGGUUUUCGGUCGCGCGAUCAGCGGAAUGGGCGGUGCCGGAAUCAUGACCAUCAGCUCCAUUAUCAUCACAGAUAUUGUUCCAAAGCGCGAGGUCGCUACUUGGAGAGCAUAUGUGAACAUUGCCAUGACGCUUGGACGUAGUCUGGGAGGUCCGUUGGGUGGUUGGCUGAGCGAUACCAUCGGAUGGAGAUGGUUGUUCAUCCUACAAGCUCCGUUCCUCGCUCUGGCUGCAGCUCUCGUGGUUGUUAAACUGAACGUCGGUGAGAAAACAAACUCCACCAAAGUGAACAAACUCGCCCAGGUCGAUUUCCUCGGAACCGGACUGCUAGGCUCAUCCAUUAUCGCAAUGACCACACUCCUCGACCAGGGCGGGAAGUCCUUCCCGUGGAGCUCAUGGUGGACAGUCCUCCUAGCAGGCGGGGGGGCAUUACUCCUGGUCACCUUUGUGCUCGUGGAAGCCUACAUAGCCCCCGAACCGAUCUUCAACCUCCGCAUUCUCCGGCGCACGAACGUAUCAAUGGCAUACAUAAUCGGCGCUCUUCAGAUCUCCGCGCAGCUGGGAAUGAUGUUCUCUGUCCCACUAUAUUUUCAAGUAACACAGCGCGCAUCGACCACAGUAGCGGGCGUGCAUCUCAUUCCAGCAGUGAUAGGAAAUACUCUCGGCGGAUUAGUAGUGGGGAUAUUCAUUCGGCGCACGGGACAAUUCAAAAUUAUGCUCGUCAUCGGCGGUCUAGUUGCCGCCAUUUCCUACCUGCUCCUUUACCUCCGCUGGGAUGGACACAGCGGCUUCUGGGAGUCACUAUUUAUUCUUCCCGGUGGACUUGGCACGGGAAUCGCAUCAGCCUCAUCGUUUAUUGCCAUGUCUGCCAUGCUGCCAGUUGAGGAAAUUGCCAUGGCGACGGCGGGAUAUAUGCUUAUUGUGGGAUUUUCCAUGACGGCGGGUGUGACUACGUCCAAUUCUGUUCUAGGGAUGGAGUUCCAGCGGCAGUUGAGGCUUAAUCUUAACGGACCUGGCUCGGAGAAGGUUAUUCAACGUGCGAUGGCUGAUACAAACUAUAUCGCGCACCUAAGUGGCCAUCUGCGGGAGACUGUGGUGGCUUGCUAUGUUUUGGGACUUAAGCAUACAUAUCGUGGGUUGAUGGAUUCUAACGCAUUUGGUAUCUUCCACUGA